CUCUUGGUAUCGGAACUGGUCCACGGACCCCGUGUAUACCCUGGAGGAGAAAACCGCGGCUCGCGAAGAGAGGACGCUGACGCCGGACGUCGUGGAGCCGGAAGAGACCGACCGCGAUCACGACGAUCCGCAGGAGGAUGAUCCGUACGAGUACGACGAUGACAUCAGACCGCCGACGACUUCCGGCGAGCAUCACGACAUCGACAGUGACGACGACGAUGAGUGUAUAUCCUUGUUCGAAGCAGCGAAUUAUCUCGUCUCGGGUUCCUCUGUGCCGACAACGAAAAUCAGUGCGCCUUGCUGGGGAUGCAAGGGCUGUACCGUCGAGGGCUUGCCGUUGUUCCUCCUCGGUUCGCCAUCGGAGGCAUCCUGCACGUGCACUUCCUUCUUAUGUAGCAACCGGGUGAGCCAAAUGACAAAGACCUAUAAUGAUAUAGAGGCAGUUACAAGGCUUCUAGAGGAGAAAGAAAAAGACUUGGAACUUACAGCGCGCAUCGGCAAAGAAUUACUGGCACACAAUCAGAAGCUCGAAACCACAGUAAACGCAUUAGAAGGUGAACUUAAGGAAGCGAACGAGAAAAUUACUCAGUUGAACCAUGAAGUAUUGAAGAAGACCGAGCUGAUACAGGUACUGACGAACGAUGUGGACGAAUCUAGCUCAGAAGCCGGAACUCCCACCGGCCUACGCGGCAUUAAUUUGGAGAUGUUACAAAGAAAGGUUACCUCUUUGGAAGAUGAAAAUAAGCAGCUCCGCGGCGAGUUCGUGAAAUUAGUUCAUGAUGCCGACAAUUCCGAAGAAGAGGAGGCACGCCUUGUAAAAGAUAUCGCAGCGCAAUUAGCAAACGCCAAUAUGGAGGUGGAUGGUAUAGCGGAAGAGCUUGGGCGGCAAAAAGAUGAGAAUCGACUGCAGCAUGAGCAAAUAAUUAGUCUUACUGCAAAAUUAGCUGAGACAGAGCUUAGGCUCGCUCAGCUGAUGGCGGAGCAUGACGAAGUGGGAGCGACUCUAGUCAUCACUAGGGAUAAUCAAAAUACACUUGCCGCUGAAUUAGCCGAAUUCAAAGAACGAUACGCGGAGGUGGUGAACUUAUUAGCCGAAACACAAGAACAGUUACGAAAACAGAGAAAACGCGGAAUGCCACAACCGGAUUCUAUCGCUUCUGAAUUGGAAUCGUCCCUUUACUCAGAAUUAAGCAUUGACUCUGGAAUUGGUGCUGGUGAUAGAAUUCCAACCUACAAGAAAGUAUUUGAGACUGUUCGUACAGCAUCUCGAGCAACACAUGCGGGAAUGGAUCCCAAUCAGUUUCCUAGGUUAAAUUCCAUGACGACAUCGACAUUAUCCAGCAGUUCUGUUGGUCCGCGAAUGAGUUGUGGGCAAGUGCGACCGCAAGCAUCUACAUUUCCCAGUUUGGAUUCUACCGGUCAUAGUGAGAGCGAAGGAUCCUUGCUCAUCGAAUCGGAGGAUUAUCCGGGACCACAACGAACGGGUGUACCUGGUGCUCCUGGUGCUGCUGAUCUAGAAGCCGCUAUACGUCGUCUGACACCUGCGGAAGUAUUAGCAAGACGUGCAUGUCUCAGUACAGGUGCUGGUUAUAGUUACGAUUACGACGGUGGCAUAUUACAUUCCCCGCCAACCUUCUUGCCUUUUGAUUGUCGCACUCCGGACAGCAUUAUGUCGACUGGCAGUAGCGGCAACCUAAGCGGCUACAGCGGCAACAGUGGCAAUGCUUGGCGUAUUCCACAGAAAUUGCAGAUAGUCAAACCAAUGGAGGGCUCUCAGACGUUGCAUCAUUGGUCACGUCUGGCGACGCCAACAUUAGGUGGAUUGCUGGAAGACAGACCAGGCGUAAAGACUAGAGGUGGUCGUGCUCUCGAAGAUCUUGGUCUUAUAACGUUUACAUUGAGCGAUUUGGAGGAAGAUGAGGAGUACACUAAUCCUGGUAAACCGUUCCAAGACACCGGCUCGAUUUAUACAUUUACUAAUAGUACCGUAAUGCAUCCGGAUGAUCAUACCACCAGCAGCGUGACGCCAAGCAUCGUUAGUAGUCGCGUCGCUUCGGCGCCCAAUAGUGGUAUGAAUUCCGGUAUGAGCACCCCUCGCACGCACAGCCGUCGCAAUUCAACAUCAACGUUUUCCACUACGCUUGGAUUGGCUAAGAUGCUGAACGAAAGAGGAAUCAAAGCCGUUACGCCCUCGUGCAUAGGCACGCCUACUGACGAUCGGAAUUUCUCACCGACUGCUACACCGUGCAACAGUCCAGAUGCGAGUCUGUCACCCACAAGGUCAUCAUCACCAGCACCGGAGAGCGCCGCCUCGUUGACAUUGGGACUGCUCAGCACCGGGGCGGAAUUACUAAGGCGUACUUUCAGUUAUGAGCCGCCAGCGCCAGUGCAAGUUAAGAAAAAGAGACCAAAGUCGACGAUCUCGCGCUCCGACAAAAAAGCUCUCACGGGGAUACGUCUAGUGGAGAAAUUGGAGAGAAUUGGUAUUGAUACGAUCAUAGCCACUACAGCCAGCUCGUCAAUUUCACCGUUAGCUCUACAAGGUGCUUUGUAUACGCGUCGUUCGACUGGAAGUCCAAUGGCACAAUUGACUUUCCUCAAAACUUCGAUGUCCUCCAGUACCAGCCAAGAGAAGUUAAUAUCUCCUUUGUCUUCAACAUCCUCCACUAGUGACGAAUUUCCGCCGAGCAAAUCAUCAUUAUUGCCGGGUAAACGGGAUGACAGCAAGGAGCCUGAACCAAGCGUGUCUGGUUCCAAUGCAUUUAACUCGAGAGCAACGGGUCAGUCACCGGAUCGACAACGACGAUCGGGUACUAGAGCGACGAGGCCCGAUCUGGGUAGAGUUAAGCCACCAAUUCCGACGCCUGUAACUAAAGAAUCCAAACAGUCGGCAUUGGGAGCAAUAAGCUCGCUUCUUUUUGGUCGUAAAGGUGGCUUAUUGUGAAUAUUUUGUAGAAUCUAUAAUGGGAUAGGGGACAAACCAAUCAAUUCCAGCGAAUUAUUUUUUAACAUAUUCGCAGAAAAAGAGCUCGUUUUUUUAUUACCUGAAAAUUUCAGUUCAUGCGGCAUUACUUUAGUACACGAUAUGCUCCUGUCGCCAGUAUUAUUGAUUGUCUAGACUUGGAUGUAUUCGCUAAUUCGUACAACAAUUUUUGAAUCUAAUGUGAUGAAUCGCUGUAAAUAAUCAUGAAAGUGUUAACGUUAAUAAGAUAAAUCAGAGGUUGCUAAAUAUUCUAUAUAAUAAAUAUUGUAUUUUAAGUUUUAUCCUUGACUUAAAAAUCUUGACUUAAAUGUGAGACAAAUAUAGAAGGGCGGAAUAUACUCUACAGCGAAAUUAUUAUACAUUUAAAAUUUUAUUUUAAAAUUUAUAAUGAAUUAAGAGCGGAAUAGACAGAAGGCUGGGUUUUUUGAUAGUUUGUGAUACGUGAAGACAUCUGCAAACAUUAGCUUAAAUAAAGACAAAAGAUUAUUUUAAUUUGUGAUUGUAUAUUAAGAUCUUCGACUAUGUAUCUAUGGACUGCUAGUUAAUUUACGUAGUAAUAUUUACGCAUUGUAUUUAGUGACGAAAAAAUUUAAGAAGCAAGAUAUAUAUAAUUGAUAAUAU